GCUCCGUCUGUUCAUCGUGAACCAUUCCCCGAUACCCAGUAAUCUAAUCCAACCUACUGCCAAGUAAGCAAACCACGGGUCUGGCUGUACCGGUCACUGCCCAAGAUGAUGGUUGCAAGGGCGCAGCUCUCGAUUCAUCUUGAAGCAAAGCAAAUCCCACCUCCAACUAAAGUUGUCUAUCCCGAAAAUCUUGCCCCUCUCCGCGGAAUUAGCCCACUUGUCGGGAUUUGAACUGCCCUGAUGACCACCAUAUAAAGAUUUUCACAAACUGCUGACCGAGGUUGGUCUCUUCUUUCCUUUUCGCCUCUCUCGAAUUAUUCUGUGGAAUACUGUCUCGACAAUGGGGGAACGAUGACAGUCACAAUAAAAUCAGCAGAAGCCGGGCGACAACGACGGCGUCUGGAACGGGAUCCAAUGAGAACCUCGACCCAAUCGGGCCACAAUAAUGCUGGCCGUGGGGGCCGCUUCCGUUCCUAUGGCUCGGGUCUCAAACGGUGUUUUGGCCCCUUCGUCAGGAAUCCCUCCAGUCUCUAUAUAUUCCGGGUUCAGACGACAGCUUCAACCCCAGUAACUUCCGGCCCGCGCAUACUAGAUGCCAAGGCCAUGUCAGAUCCGCACUCGGCUCAGAAUGGGCCCUCAACCAAAGGACCCUCCUCGGCGGGGACAGCAUCAACUCUCGAUGGGAAUGAAUGGAUGCAGAAACUGGCUAAACUGUGUGGCCCCAGCGCUACCCUGCGCAACGUUGGAACUCCAAUGGCGGAAAUAGAGUCCAUGUUUGACUCUGUUUUCCCCCGAAACCCAGUCGAGACCCUCCGGGAUUUGCAGCCCGCUCAGCCUGUCAACACGGUCCAGCUAUACGGCAGCAAUGAGGACAUAUUGGAUGCAUACUACAUUUUCAUACAUCCAUACUAUCCCAUCCUUCCUCCGCCUGAUCGUUUGCCUGUUACCCACAAUCCAGUUAGGGUGGACCACCAUCCGGAUGGGUUCAUGCCGGCAAGUCCACUCGCGCUAGCCAUCUCAGCCAUGGUGGCGCUGGUCCCCCACAAAGAUGUGAAAUAUCCUGCCAGAACAGAAUAUGUCACCAUCCGAAGAGAGGUUUCGCUGCGAUUUGCCGAAGCUGCAUAUGCGGUGAUUGCUCGGGAUUACCAGCCGCUACGGGCCCCCGGUGGGUUCGAAGGCUCCUUGCGGGAUUCCAUCGGUCGGCCACCCUUUCACUCCAAACUCCCUGUGUGCCUGGAAGGAGUUAUCGCACUAUCUAUCCUGUGCUUCUAUGAGUAUGGCCAGCAAGGGAAUCUGGAUAACACGGCAAGGUUAGCGAAUGAGGCCUUGGAAAUGGCCUUCGUGCUAGGACUGCAUGAGUCCCUGGAGGAGAAUGAGUAUGCCUUGGCCCGGCGCAGGUCAUGGUGGUUUGUGUAUAUGGCCGCAAGUCAUAUGGCAACGGUGACGGGCAUGCCGGCUUCGUUUGACGUGUACGAUCCUUCAUUUGUGACCCCAUACCCAAAGGGUUGGAGGCUCCGUGUCGAAGCCCAACAAGCUCUAUAUGAAGCUGGUAUCUUUGCCGUUGAGCUUGACGAGACGAUACGGCGCCGCGAGGAUCUGUCAUGGAUUAAGAAGCGGAUGUCCGAGCUUGAUACUCAGAUUACCUCACUGCUAUUCGAGUGCCGGGAUAAAUUGUCGGCAUCUCAAGGCCCACAGCCAAACUGUGUCGAAUCGGUGGCCUCAAGCGCCUUGAGAUCGUAUGCGGAGAUUAAAUUGCACAGCGCUCGGAUCAAAUUGCACCGAUACUGUGCCUUCCAAGAUGUGCCCAUGUUCUCUGAACAGCCUGGUCUGCACCCAGUCUCUAGUGUCAACGAAAGUAUAGACGGAGGUCGAGCAUCCAGUGAUACGACCUUGCUGGAGCGUCCCGCUUCGAUGCAACAACUUGGCAUCCAGUUCCCCUUCUCAUCGCACACAUCCUCAGUGAUCUGUGUCCAUGCAGCCAUCAACGUUGUAACUUUAAUGGACAGUCUUCCAUUUCCUAACCCAACUAAUGAUGAUUCUCCGACCAAUUUACCGUACAUAUUUCAGAACUAUGAGGUUCCCCGGGCCAUGCCCACCUUGAUCAGUUGCGCCAUGCAGGCCGGCUAUACGAUGCUGACUCUGAGUUGCAAAACAAGGCCUUUCGUUACAAACGUGCCGGAUUCGAACGAAGGUAAUUUUCCAUUAGCAGGACUGAGGAAUGAGCUGGAACAGAGCCUGCGAGUAGUAGCGAAGUUCCUGGCGAAUCAUGCGAUUGCCUUUGAGGCAAUCGAAGGAAUGCGAGACGAGAUGAUGGAAGCAAUAGAACGUGAAUUCGGAAAGCCUUGACAGAAUGUAUGUCUAUGUGAAAGCCAGCACUUCACGUGCUUGGAUUAUUGCAGUUGGUUAGCGUUGAGUGCAUGGUAUGGUUUCACGCAGAUAUACCAAAGUCCUCUUGUUAUGGAUUUCUUCCUCAAUCCCAAGGACCCUGUGAUGGCGCUGCACAGAUGCAGUGAACUGUCUAGGUCCAUGCGCAUAUCCAGUUACUAUCAUACGAGAAACAUUAGCGUACUGUUAGAAUUUGAUACCAAAAGUCCUGACAAUAUACAGAUCUGGGCAGCCUUCUGACCCUCAACAAUGAUUUCACUGACAG